CAAUCAAAGACAAGAAAGCUGUAUUGAAUAUUAAGAAUAAAGAUCAAGAAUGUUUUGUUUAUUGCAUGGCUUCAUAUUUAAAUCCAGUAGGAAAAAACAAUCAUAAUCCUGAUCGAGUUAGUAAUUAUAACAUUGAUGAAAUUAAAAAAAAAAAUUUAAAGGAAUCAAAUCACCUAUUGCUUUAUCUGAUAUAGGUAAAUGUGAAAAAAAAUUGAAUGUAUCAGUGAAUGUUUAUACUUUUAAUGGGCUGUUUAUAAAAAAAGAAGAAGAGAAAAAAGAAAAGAAUUAUGAAAUAUAUAUCCUAUAAGAAUAACAGAAAAUAAACUAGUUAAGCAUGUAAAUUUAUUAUAUUUUAAAAAUGAAGAAAAUUCACAUUACUGUUUGAUAAAAGAUCUAUCUAGAUUAGUCAGAUCACAAAUAACAAAGCAUACAGAAAAGAUUUAUAUAUGUGAAAGAUGUCUAACAUAAUAUAAUUCAGUAGAACAAUUAAUGAAUCAUGAAACUGAUUGUAAAGAAAAAAGAUGGGGAAAAUACAAACUAUUGGAGGAAGUAUUUGCUUUGAAAACUUAAAAAAUUCAUUGAGGAUACCAUUUGUAAUAUAUGCUGACUCUGAGUGUUUAACUAAGAAAAUGGAAACAUGUCAACCAGAUCCAUCUAAGUCUUAUACAAUGAAAUAUCAACAUCAUGAAUUAAUGAGUUUUUCUUAUUACAUAAUGUAUGUACCAGUACAUGGAGAAUAUAAGGAACCAGUUAUAUACAGACGGCCUGAUGUAGUAAAAAUGUUAGUAGAGAUGAAUAUCCCUGAAUGAAUAUUCCUGAUAAGAAUAAAAAAGGAUAUAUAUUAGAAGUUGAUCUGGAAUAUCCAAAAGAAUUACAUGAUUAUCAUUCUGAUCUCCCUUUAGCUCCAGAGAACAGAAUACCAGAUGAAUCAAAACAAUCUAAAUUAUUAACCACAUUAUAUGAUAAACAGAAGUAUGUGCUUCAUUAUAGAAAUCUUAAACAAUAUUUAAAAAUGGGGAUAAAACUCAAAAAGAUACAUAGAGUAUCAGAAUUCAAGCAAUCAGAUUUGUUAAAGAAAUACAUAGAUCUGAAUACAGAAAUGAGAACUAAAGCAACUAAUGAUUUCAAAAAGGACUUUUUUAAACUAAUGAAUAACUCUGUGUUUGGAAAGACAAUGGAAAAUAUAAGAAAUCGUGUUGAUAUAAGAUUAUCUUGUGACCCCCAAAAAGUAAAAAAAUUAAUCGCAAAGCCGAACUUUAAACAUCGAACCAUAUAUACCGAAAACCUAUGUGCUAUUCACAUGUAUAAGAAAAAAAUAGUCUUUAAUAAACCCAUCUAUGUGGGAAUGAGUAUAUUAGAUCUUUCGAAGCAUUUGAUGUAUGAUUUUCAUUAUAAUGUGAUGAAACCAAAAUAUAGAGAUAACGAAAUUGUUAUAUCAGGAUACGGACAGUUAUAUAUAUGAUAUAAAAACAGAUGAUAUUUAUCAGGAUAUGAAGGGAAUGAUUGAUUACUUUUAUACAUCCGAUUAUUCUGAGAAUAAUCAAUAUGGUAUACCGAGAGUUAAUAAGAAGGUGUUAGGUAAAAUGAAGGAUAAAAAUAAUGAGAGAAUUUGUUGGUUUAAGAUAAAAAAUGUAUGCUUUAAAAGUAGAAGAUUAGGUUACAAAGAAAUCAAAAGGAGUAAAGAAAUGUGUUGUUAAAAAUAAGAUAUCAUUUGAUGGUUAUAAAGACUGUUUAUUUAAUAAAACAGAACAUUCUAGAACAAUGAAUCUAAUUAGAAGCAAGAAACAUGAACUUUAUUCAAUAGAAGUUAACAAGAAGGUUUUAUCACCACAUGAUGAUAAGAGAUAUAUAUUAAAGGAUGGAGUUAAUACAUUAGCAUUAGGUCAUUAUAAAUUAAAAAAAAUUGUCUUAUAUAAAUGGACUCUAGAAUAAAGAGGGCUAUCAAUUGGGAUAAUUUUUCAAAACGAGAGAAUUUAUCAGAAGAUUUAAUAAGAGAAUUUAAAGAUGAAGUUAACUGGGAUUUGAUUUCUAUAUAUCAAAAAUUAUCAGAAGGUUUUAUAAUAGAAUUUAAAGAUAGGGUUAAUUGGGAUUCAAUAUCUUUUAAUCAAAAAUUGUCUGAAAUUUUUAUUAUUGAAUUUAAAGAUAGAGUAAACUGGAAAAAAAUAUCAGAACAUCAAACCCUCUCUGAAAACUUUAUAAGACAAUAUAAUGAAAAGGUUGAUUGGAAACUCAUCUCUACUCAUCAAAAAUUAUCUUCCGAAUUUAUUGAAGAAUAUAAAAAUAAAGUGGAUUGGGAUGCUAUAUCUCAAUAUCAAAAAUUAGAUAAUGAGUUUAUUAGGAAAUAUGCUCUAAAAUUAAAUUUAAAAUUAAUUUUAAGAUAUCAAACCAUAUCAGAACAAUUACUUGAAGACUUAGAUCGUUUAAAAGUGUUAGACUGGAAAAUAGUUGUUAAAUAUCAAGAAUUAUCCGAAGAUCUUAUUAUAAAACAUAAAAACAAAAUUGAUUGGUGUGAUGCUACUUUGAAUAAAAAGUUCUUUGACAAAUUUGUUGAAAAUAAUUAUAAAAAUAUAGUUGUUUCAUUGUUGGCAAGAAUUUGUAAU